UUCUAUUCGUCUGGUACACUCCGAGCAUUUCACAGUGGAAAGAUAUCCUACUUUUACCGGCUUAGCGGUCCAUCCAUGGUAAUCGAUACAGCGUGUUCAUCCUCCACAGUCUCGAUCUACCAGGCGUUUCGAGCGCUACAAAACGGUGACUGCACCGCAGGUAAGACUAUCACAUCAACUUCCAUCGAUUUCAUACUGAUACAGAUUUUAAAUAGCUAUCGCGGGUGGCGUCAACGUGAUUACUAGCCCUGAUGUCAGUAUAUCGUUUCACAACUUCCAAGACGAGUAUACUUCAGAUAUGAAAUCCGUAUUUGCUAACAUAUAUCUUAUCUGCCAGAUGUACCUUGGACUAUCUCGAGGACACUUCUUGAGUCAGACGGGAAACUGCAAACCCUUUGAUGCAGCUGCUGACGGAUAUUGCCGGGCUGAAGGGUGCGUCCUGUUUGUUCUCAAACGACUGUCCGAUGCCGUAGCCGAAGGAGACCGUAUCCAUGGAGUCAUCAGAAACGUCUUGACCAACCAGAGCGGCAAUUCUAGUUCCAUCACGCAUCCCCACAGUCAAACGCAAACGGAUCUAUUGAGGCGGUUACUCCAACAGAAAAAUGUUGACCCCGGAUCUGUUGGUGUUGUAGAGGCACACGGAACUGGGACACAGGCUGGGGAUGCACGAGAAAUCGAGACUUUGAGGGCUGUCUUUAGUCAGCAUCACUCGGGGACGAACCCGCUGAUGGUGAGCUCUAUCAAGGGCAACAUUGGCCAUUGUGAAGCAGCAUCGGGGGCAGCUGGCCUAGCCAAGCUAUUGCUCAUGCUCCGUGAAAGGAAGAUACCCAUCCAAGCUGGGCUGGCUAACAUCAACCCCGCUUUCGGCGAUCUCCAAGGAUCCGGUUUGAUCAUACCAAGACAAACUGUAUCAUGGAGCCACUCCAAAAGAACACCCAGGAGAGCUGUUCUUAACAACUUUGGCGCUGCUGGGUCUAAUGCAUCGCUUCUCUUGGAAGAUUGGGCUGAAUCUCCAAAAGAGCAUAUGCAUGGCAAGAAACAAGAUAGGAUCCAAGAACGAUCCGCGUACGUAUUCGCACUAUCAGCAAAAUCAGUGAGAGCUUUAAAUUCGGCGGUCAGUCGACACGUUGAGCUUCUACGCAAAAGCGAAAAUCGACCGUCGUUAAAGGAUAUCUGCUACACUGCGACCGCGCGGCGUAAUCACUAUGAAUACCGCAUCUCACUCGCAUGUACUUCUGUGGACGAUUUGCUGACUAAAUUGCAAUACUCCGAAGUUGCAGCCUCCAAACCCGCGAAGAUUGUCACAGCCAAUGUGUUCGUUUUCACUGGGCAAGGUGCCCUCUAUCGCGGCAUGGGUCAAGGGUUGAUGAUCACAUAUCCUCCAUUCAAAGACAUCAUCAUGAAAUGCGACAGCAUCAUCCAAGGGCUCGAGCUCGCAUGCCCAAGUAUAGUUGACUUCAUCAUAAACGAAGAACAAGGGGUCAAAGAUACACUAACGGACUCGGAGCAAAUCAUGGUUUCGCAGUGUGCCUGCGUUGCCUUGGAAUAUGCGCUUGCCAAGAUCUUCAUGUCUUGGGGAAUCAUGCCUGAUUAUGUCAUGGGCCACAGUCUAGGCGAGUACGCAGCACUUUGCGUGUCGGGGGCGUUGACGCCAGAGGACACAUUCCGCGUGGUGGCAUCCCGAGCAAAAAUGAUGGGCGAAAAUUGCCUUGCCGACACGUCAGGGAUGCUUGCUUGCAGUAUGGCUCCUGAAGAGCUUGAAGCGAUCAUUUCAGAGAGCCCGGCCUUGGCCCAACUGACCAUCGCGUGCCUGAACGGACCCGGCGAUUGCGUCAUUGGCGGUCCGCUGGCGCAACUGGACAUGCUUCAGAAGGAAUGCAAGACCCGCAAGGUCCGGACCAAGCUGCUUAAUGUCCCAUACGCUUUUCAUACAUCAGCCAUGGACCCCAUCCUGGAAACUUUACGCACACUUGGGCGGUCGGUGAAGUUCGGAAAACCUGAAAUACCUGUAUUGUCUAACGUACACGGGCGUCUCUUUCGCAACGACUUUUCAAGUGAAUAUUUCGCAGAUCAUGCAAGACAGCCAGUGCGCUUUUCCGAAUGCCUGCUUAGCCUACAGCUGUCAAUGGGAACAAAUAUUCUUGAUGGCGCUCACUUCCUCGAAAUUGGCCCACAACCCGCAUUACUGCCGAUGCUGCGAACUGCGAUCCCCUCCAGCUCUUGUGUGUAUUUUGGUACAUUACAAAAGGGUCGAGAUGCAUGGGUAUCCAUCAGUGAGACGCUAGCCGGAAUUUCUCUCCUCAGGACUACGGUCAAGUGGCGCGAGGUUUUCACCGGGACGUCGGCCAAAGUCACAAGCUUGCCUGGCCAUCUACUAGAGGGUUCGAAUUUCUUGAUUCCUUUCCAAGAAUCCCGUCAAAUUGUCCAUACUUGUGAUCAUGUACAAACGGCAGGGCCUGACUGUAUAAACCGCGUCAAGACUGGGUACCGUCUGUUGCCCUGGCUGAACACAACCGGAUCUUCAAGCAAGGAACUCAUCCUGGAGACCGACAUGACGAUUCUUGCAUCAUUGAUAUCAGGGCACAACGUCGGUGGAACUCCCAUUUGCCCCGCCUCAGUCUUCCACGAGCUCGCCCUGGAGGCGGCGCAAGCUCUGCUCGAACCUCUCAACACCCAGGUAAUGGUCGUCAGCGAAAUGAGUUUCUCAAGGCCGUUGGUACAGGUAUACAUGCCACGAGAAGCAGUUCCUGUGACCGUAUGCGUGCAAAUUACAAUGGAUGACAGCUCAUCUUCUGGAGCAGCAGCAUUCAAAAUUACGUCACGCAGCUCGACCCAAGCCUCGACUGACACGUUGCACUGCACUGGCAGCGUCUCGUUGCAAGAAACUAAUGUCAACACUCCCCGCUGGGUAAGAGACCAGGCAGUUGUGACGAGGCAAAGUCGAUAUUUCUCUGGUAUUGGAAGGGACCACACGAGUAUUUUUCGAACCAAGCUUCUUUAUGAAACCAUUUUCACACGCGUGGUUAGAUACUCUUCAGAGUACCAAAGUUUGGUCUAUCUGAACGUGGCUGAUUCAAACCUUGAAGGGAUCGGCGUUUUCAAGGUACCAUCUGAAUAUGGUUCCCAAGAAGGCUAUCUGGCGCACCCUGUCUUUACUGACACACUGUUGCACGCCGCAGGCUUCAUUGCGAACCUUGCCACUGGGUCGGAGGAGAUUGGCAUUUGUGCCCGGGUGGAGUCGAUAGAAAUUGCCUAUCAUGGCAUCGACUACUCUGACUCUUUCAAUAUCUAUUGCAGCCUGUUGGAGAUCAAAGGUGCCAUUCUCGCGGACGCGAUCGCACUGAGCAGUUCAGGCAAAGUCGUCGCUGUCAUUCGAGGCAUGGAAUUCAAAAGACUUCAGCUCUCCACUUUCCAACAAGCCCUCUCCCGUAUGUCAUCAACCACUAGCGUCGAAUCUCGAGAUGAGGGAUUUGUACAGCAUCAGGCGGCGAUGCCAGCGAAGAUGCAGUUGAAAGUAAGCUUAGGAACUCCUCCAAUAAAUGACGAGGUCAUGGAUUCUUCUCUUAUCGAGUCACAAAACAGCACCCCAUUUCAGGCUGGGAUUAGUCAAGUACUCAAGAACAUCGUCAUGGAAGUUGGUGGCUUCGCCGAAGAGGAUAUCGACUACACUAAAUAUCUGGGUGACCUUGGAAUCGAUUCUCUGAUGCAAAUUGAGAUAGCCUCGAAAUUGGCACGCUUAUUCCCUGGACAGACUGGCCUGAGUCAUUACGCUUUGUCCCAAUGCGAGACUCUCGAGGCAAUGGAUGAUAUGUUGUCGUUGGUCUUGCUGCCACCGACCUUGGAAAAGUUUCACAAGACGCUCGUUGACAUCCCCGGACGGAAAGUUGUUACUCCACGAGGAUCCUCCUCCGAAGGUACUGAUAAUGCUGCUUCUGACUCAGACUACACAAGUCCAUCUGUUGCCGUGUGUGGCUCCAAUAUAUUACCCGCGAUACUGCAUAUCUCCACAGGGAAUGAAACUCCUCUCUGUCUUUUUCACGAUGGCAGCGGGCAGAUUGGCAUGUACGAGCGUCUUCGUGAUCAUGACCGUACAACAUACGCCUUCUGUGACCCCUAUUUUGGAAGCUACAGCGACAAGCAACGAUUCCACCGCAGCGUUAAUCAGAUGGCCGAGCACUAUGUCUCAAUGAUCAUUUCGAAUCCCAAACACCGAUCGUCGCCGUUGAUACUGGGCGGAUGGUCCUUCGGCGGAAUAGUAGCAUUUGAGGCAGCUCAACAACUCACGGCUCGCGGAUUCGAGGUCAAAGGCCUUGUACUGAUUGACUCGCCCAGUCCGAUCAAUCAUGAGCCUCUUCCAGCUGCCCUCAUUGCCAACAUCACCAAGUCGAAUGCUCAGUUCCGGAAUGUUGCACUCAGCAGCAGUAAUGCACUGAAGGAAGAGUUCUUAUUCAAUGCUUCUCUAUUAGGCAGCUACAGGCCAAAGUCUUUCUCUAAGGCCAUAAAAACUGUCAUGCUGAGAAGCCAGGAUGUCCUGGACACAGAGGCUCUGUGUGACGUGCGCUAUGACUGGCUCAGUCAACAGGAUGCACGGACUUCGUCUGUAGCCGCCUGGGAGGAACUGGUUCGUGACCAUGUCGAGGUUCUCUAUAUCCAGGGAAAUCAUUUCGAGCCAUUUUUGGAAGAGAAUAUUGGCGAAACAGCAGCUCAGCUUUGGAAGGCAUGUAGAUAUAUUGGAGAGUCUUAAAAUAUAUCCCUUUGUAUGAUAUAUAUAUGCCAUGACCAUUCGUCGGUGUCAGCUGAAAUAAAAGGCUCUAACUUAGCAUUUUUACACCCUCUUCCGCAUAGGACUUCGAUAACAACUUGCUGUACCUUUUCAUUGUUAAUCAUUCAGGGCGCAUAUUAAUGUUCGAUAGAG